AUGGACAUCAUGUACAUGGACGAUUGGGAAGACGAAGUGGUGGAACGUGUCAACGACCGUUAUCCUUUCAAAAAUAGGUUGUUGGAGGACAUACAGAUCAUGCCCAUGAGCUCGGGUACCGUACAGAUAUAUCGGCAAAACGGUGUGUCGAUAUUCUGCGUAUUCUUCAGCAACCGCAUGACCACCCUCAGCGACUGGAUGGAAGACGCUCUGAUAGACAUCAAAAGACUGUUGGCGGGUCACAUACAGUUGGCCAUCCAACAGGACCUGUCCCUCUCGGAGUUUCAAUCGAAUGUCUACAGUAAUUUGUUUUAUUUUUUCCAAUCUGUGUUCACGUACGACACGGUUGUGAUAUGGUUUUGCGGCAGUGGCGAUGUGUAG